AAGGAGAAAAUAUGCCACAUAUCAUGUUAUCAUACCAGUGGGACGUCCAAGAUUUGGCCAAGAAAGUGUUUGAAAAACUGGAAGGUCUGGGUUUUAACGUUUGGAUGGAUCUGCAGGAUAUGUCAGGGAAUAUAAAUGAAGCCAUGGCUGAAGCUGUUGAGAACUCCAUAGUGGUGUGUCCUUUCUUGACUGAGAAAUAUCAGGCUUCUAAAAAUUGCAAGAAAGAGCUCAACUAUACCGACGGUUGUGACAAAGACAUCGUGCCUUGCAUGGCACAACCCAACUUCAAAGCUUCCAGUUGGUUGGGGUUACUGACGGCUGGCAUGCUUUGGAUCGACUUCCGGAACAACGCAAAGUUCGAAACAAGCAUGCAAUCUUUAGUGAAAGAAAUAACCGCAACAUGCGGUGAUAAAAUCGCCAACGUUGCAGUCAACGUUUCAUCCAACGAAGCCAAGCAACUGGCUACACCUAAAAAAGGUCGUGCCUUCAUCCACAUCAGUGCUAAAAAGUACCUCGCAGAGACAGGACAAGUUAAAUUCCAUCCUGCAAGCGGAAGCAGAAACUCUCUCACCAUACGGGAUCGUCCAGAGGACACCAGCUACUGGGUCCAGGAGGGUCAGGGUAGGGGGAGCAACAUUGUCUUCUUCAAAAACUAUGCCACCCAAGGGUACCUUGGGUACGAUCCUAACGGGGAUUAUAUUUACACCAAGGCUCAGCAUUACGGAGCUGAGGAGUGGAUACUGUCAACCGAUGAGACUGAUGACACGGGAAGAAGGGCUGUUGUUAUUUUCGCUAACUAUGGGAAGAAGUACCUGACAGUUAAAAAUGGGAAACUUACUGGAGUUGCGAGCAAGUCCAGUGAUUGCCGAUGGUACUUGGACUAAAGUCAAAGUAUUGUAUGGUUAUUCGAUAGCAUCUUAUGUUGCAUACCUUAUCGGAUAGCAUCCCUUGCUAUUAUUUUUUCAUUAUGUAUGUAUUGCUGAUAAUAAGUUUUAAAUUUGGAGGUUCAUACUUUUGCAGCUUUUUUAUCUUUGAGCCGAAGUUGAAUAUAAAGUAAUAGAACGUUUUUGUGUUUGCUUCUGUGAAAUAUAUUUGAAAGUAUACCUUUAUAAUUUCUAUAUCUAUACGCGUUCCUUCUUC